CCCACCCAGCCCUGGAAUGACCUCAGCCAAUCAGGCCAACCCCUACAGCAUUGUGUCCUCUGAGGAGGACGGGCUGCAUCUGGUCACCAUGUCAGGUGCCAACGGCUUUGGCAACGGGAAGGUGCACACAAGGCGCCGGGGCCGCCCCCGCUUCGUCAAGAAGAGUGGCCAAUGCAAUAUUGAGUUCGCCAACAUGGAUGAGAAGUCUCAGCGCUACCUGGCUGACAUGUUCACCACCUGCGUGGACAUUCGCUGGCGCUACAUGCUGCUCAUCUUCUCCCUGGCCUUCCUUGCCUCCUGGCUGCUGUUUGGUGUCAUCUUCUGGGUGAUCGCAGUGGCGCAUGGUGACUUGGAGCCCGCCGUGGCUGAAGGCCGGGGCCGCACCCCCUGUGUGCUGCAGGUCCAUGGCUUCAUGGCAGCCUUUCUCUUCUCCAUUGAGACCCAGACCACCAUUGGCUAUGGGCUGCGCUGCGUGACCGAGGAGUGCCCCGUGGCCGUUUUCAUGGUGGUGGCGCAGUCCAUCGUGGGCUGCGUCAUCGACUCCUUCAUGAUUGGCGCCAUCAUGGCCAAGAUGGCCCGGCCCAAGAAACGGGCGCAGACACUGCUGUUCAGCCGCCACGCUGUGGUGGCCCUGCGUGACGGCAAACUCUGCCUCAUGUGGCGGGUGGGCAACCUGCGCAAGAGUCACAUCGUGGAGGCCCACGUGCGUGCCCAGCUCAUCAAGCCACGCGUCACGGAGGAGGGCGAGUACAUUCCCCUGGACCAGAUUGACAUCGACGUGGGCUUUGACAAGGGCCUUGAUCGCAUCUUUCUAGUCUCGCCUAUCACCAUCCUGCAUGAGAUUGAUGAGGCCAGCCCGCUGUUUGGCCUCAGCCGGCAGGACCUGGAAACAGAUGACUUCGAGAUCGUGGUCAUCCUGGAGGGCAUGGUGGAAGCCACAGCCAUGACCACGCAGGCCCGAAGCUCCUACUUGGCCAGUGAGAUCCUCUGGGGUCACCGCUUUGAGCCAGUGCUGUUUGAGGAAAAGAACCAGUACAAGAUCGACUAUGCACACUUCCACAAGACCUACGAAGUGCCCUCCACACCCCGCUGCAGUGCCAAGGACCUAGUGGAGAACAAGUUCCUGCUGCCCAGCGCUGGCUCCUUCUGCUAUGAGAAUGAACUGGCCUUCCUGAGCCGUGAUGAGGAGGACGAGGAGGACGGAGACCAGGACAGCUGCAGCCGUGAUGGCCUUAGUCCCCAGAACAGGCACGAGUUUGACAGGCUGCAGGCAGGCGGAGGCAGCAGCCUUGAGCAGCGACCCUACAGACGGGAGUCAGAAAUCUGAGCUGACCCCAGCCAAGGUCUAGUGCCUGCCCUGCCAGGGAAUGGCCAGUGCCCCGCGAGGGUCUGAGUUUGAGCAGAAGGGCUGAGAGCCCAGGUUGCAGACUCAGUAGUCUAUUAGUCGUUUUCCAUUUC